GGGGGGGGGGGGGGGGGGGUGAUUUUGGUGCAUGGGAAUCAUUAUGUAGAACCGUUCUGUCAAUUACAGUGCAGCGUGAGGGUUUAAAUACAUUUUGUCCUACGUCUUUGUUUUUAGCAAAGACUGAGGCUCCUCCCUUUCCUGUCAUGUGACAGUGUACUUGGAGCACAUGGGUCUCUAGCUUAUGAAGGAGUCCAUCUGCCACUUAAUAGGUUUUUUGACAAAUUAAUAUAGAAGCUAGUGGUGGAAACUAUUUUACCAAGCAGCCCUGCACUGUGACUCCUGCACUGUGAGUAGGAUGCAUAUUAAUCUUGUCCUGUGAGCUUGCUGCUGCCCCCCGGUGGUGGCAGAUGUUUGGUACAUACACUCGUUUGUCUGUGCUGGAACAGCAGGCCAUGUCACUUCCAUGGUGGGGACCUCACCCUCAUUUCUUGGGGUCCCUUCAUUUGAAAUUGCUGCCCCAUUUGCCCUACAUCGCCCCCUGGUGGGAUACAUCUCCUGCAUCUUUAUUUCUUGUACCUUUCCCUCCUGUCGCCCGACUCCCUGUGUACCUCCCUUCACUUCCCCGGCAUGUUGGCUUACCCAUUCCCUUGCCGUCUCUGCAGCCUCCUGGCCAGCAGGGGGAGCUGUCCUCUCCCUAGACAGUGCCUACAUUAGCGGGCAUGUCCACUGAUUGAGAUGUCCCAAAUUGUGAUGCUUUGCGAAACCUUUUUUUGUAGAUGACUUUUUGAUGUAGCCGCUUUGUACAUUCUGGUGUGACGACUGUAACUAGUCUGUCAGCGCCUGAGAGCUUCUCGGCGCCCCCUUCCUGUCACACAGCUCUCAGUGUCUCAAGCUUUAUAAUAUGCUGCUUAUGGACAUUCUGCCUCUGUGGAUGUUGGACGGCGCCCCCUGCAGGUUCAUCGUCCCCCCCAUCUGACCGUGGCGGGUGGGGCUGCUUACUGUAUACUAACAAGACUUUUUAACCUGUUGCACUGUGCCUCUUUCUCCCUCCCUCGUUCUCUCUUUCUCUCUCUCUCUCUUCUGUUUCCCUCCUAUGCCUCUGCCUUGUAGUCCUUGGGGAUACUUACAAUAUACCCUUAGACCCCCGAGGUAAGCAGAGAAGAGCGCCCCCUUUUGGGAAUGGAGGGGUGUAUGUGUCAGACUGUUUUGAAAUCUAGAAUAGGAAAAACAAAGGAUUAUGUAAAGAAAUCGUUCAACCACCUUCCCCCAGUAUCCAAGGACUAGUUGAGCCACUAUAAUGGCAAGUUGGUGAGUUAAGUCGCUGUCCUCGUUAAAACCUUUUCAUCACUUUUAUUUUAAUUUGUGAAAUGGGAUUCUCAGGUACAGCUCACUUACUGUGCCGUUGUCGCAUAAACAGGUGCUAUGAUGCUGUUUAUAACAUUGGCAGUAUGAUGUUGAUGAUUUGUAAAGGCAGUUUACUCUAUCUCGGUCAUUACUCUGCUGUCUCAGUUGUUACCCUGCUGUCUCGGUCAUUACUCUGCUGUCUCGGUUGUUACCCUGCUGUCUCGGUCAUUACUCUGCUGUCUCGGUUGUUACCCUGCUGUCUCGGUCGUUACUCUGCUGUCUCGGUUGUUACCCUGCUGUCUCGGUCAUUACUCUGCUGUCUCGGUUGUUACCCUGCUGUCUCGGUCAUUGCUCUGCUGUCUCGGAUGUUACCCUGCUGUCUCGGUCAUUGCUCUGCUGUCUCGGUCGUUACCCUGCUGUCUCGGUCAUUACUCUGCUGUCUUGGUUGUUACCCUGCUGUCUCGGUCAUUACUCUGCUGUCUCGGUCGUUACCCUGCUGUCUCGGUCAUUACUCUGCUGUCUCGGAUGUUACCCUGCUAUCUCGGUCAUUACUCUGCUGUCUCGGUUGUUACCCUGCUGUCUCAGUCGUUACCCUGCUGUCUCAGUCGUUACUCUGCUGUCUCGGUCAUUACUCUGGUGUCUUGGAUGUUACCCUGCUGUCUCGGUCGUUACCCUGCUGUCUCGGUCUUUACCCUGCUGUCUCGGUCGUUACCCUGCUGUCUCGGUCGUUACCCUGCUGUCUCGGUCGUUUCCUUGCUGUUUCGGUCUUUACUCUACUGUCUCGGUCGUUACUCUGCUGUCUCGGUCGUUACCCUGCUGUCUCGGUCGUUACCCUGCUGUCUCGGAUGUUACCCUGCUGUCUCGGUCGUUACCCUGCUGUCUCGGUCGUUACCCUGCUGUCUCGGUCGUUACUCUGCUGUCUCGGUCGUUUCUCUGCUGUCUCGGUCGUUACUCUGCUGUCUCGGUCGUUACUCUGCUGUCUCGGAUGUUACCCUGCUAUCUCGGUCGUUACUCUGCUGUCUCGGUCGUUACUCUGCUGUCUCGGAUGUUACCCUGCUAUCUCAGUCGUUACUCUGCUGUCUCGGUCGUUACUCUGCUAUCUUGGUCGUUAUCUUUUUCCUCCAAACAUUUCUCCCUGUAGUUAAUUCUCAGGAGAUCCAUGUAAAAGGUGCCAGAUUGUGUUGUUCAGAAAAGUGUUUUUUUCUUACGAUGUUGUCAUUAGUGAGCCAGACAGAGCUGACGUCAUUAUUGGGGUGAUUUAUCGGCAGUUUGCAGUUACUGUAGAAGCUGCUGUGAUUUUUACUUUGUUUUUCUCACACUCCUU